CUCUUCUCCACAGUGAAGCGUCAGUUUGAAACUUGUCCGUAGAGAUGCACGCGCGACGUCCCAUUGGUUCUCCGGCGUGAUCCGGGUACCGGGGCUGCAGCCACUUUAUUAGCCUAAAGGUACCAAUAUGGCGGAGGCUUCCUUUGGAAGUUCAAGCCCAGGGUCUUUGUCUUCAGAAGACCAUGACUUCGACCCUACGGCCGAGAUGCUGGUCCAUGAGUUCGACGACGAACGAACACUAGAGGAAGAGGAGCUGCAAGAAGGGGACCGCAACUUCCGAGCUGAGCUUGCGGACCUGGAGAAGGAGGGAAACAUGCCGCUGGAGGAGCUGCUGGCCAUAUAUCGCUACGAGGCAUCAGCUGCGGGCUCCAGUAUGGACAGCUCUUCUGGCGAACUGACCGAUGAGCUGCCGGAUAUGACAUUAGACAAGGAGGAGAUUGCAAAGGACCUCUUGUCAGGGGACUAUGAAGAAGAGACUCAGUCCUCAGCUGAUGAUUUGACCCCAUCUGUAACUUCUCAUGAGGCCACAGACUUUUUCCCAAGGAGCCUUAGAUCUAACACUGUUUAUGAUGGUGACAAAGAGUCAGAAGGAGAGGAGGAUGGUGUAAGUCCAGAAGACUCCAAGAAGGAGAUAAUGGUAGGAUCUCAAUACCAGGCGGAAGUUCCUUCACGCCUAUGCAGCUAUGCUGAAGGCGAGAGAGCGUAUGAGGAUGAGGACCAGUUGUUGUGGAGUCCAGGGGUGUUGCCGGAGAGUAAAGUGCGGGACUUCUUACGUGAAGCUGGGUUUCGGGUCACAGAUGGAAAGACUGGCAUUGGGGAGGGAAGUCAUGUUCGAGACAAUGAGCAGGCAUUGUAUGAGCUUCUAAAAUGUGAUUACAACAUCCAUGAAGCACUUAAAAGGCACCGUAGCAAUGCAAAAUCCUCAAAGGAAGACGGGCUACCAUGGUCUGAAGAAGAAUGCAGAAACUUUGAGCAUGCUCUUCAGAUAUAUGACAAAAACUUUCACCUCAUACAGAAACACAAGGUUAAAACAAGGACAGUGGCUGAAUGUGUAGCUUUCUACUAUAUAUGGAAAAAGUCUGAGCGCUUUGACUACUUUGUACAGCAGACCAGAUUUGGGAAGAAAAAAUACAGCAGCUAUCCGGGAGUAACGGACCUGAUGGACCGGCUGGUAGACGAGGCGGAAGGAUUGGCCGUAGCCAGCUCACCCUCGGUGUGCUCCAGCGGGGGCCGGAUGGAACCACCUACCGAACAGCAGCUAAGCCUCCUCAAUUCCAUCACCGCCAGUGACCUCACAGCACUGACCAAUAGCGUGGCCACAGUGUGCAACCCAGCAGAUGGGGGCUGCCUGGACUCCUUCGGUUUCCCUCAGUUGGAGAACCUUCACCGCGGGGCCCUGAGCCAUACAGAGUCUCUUGGCUUCAGCACCAAUGGGGAUGGCGAGUGCCUGAACGUGCUGGAUGCGGGCUUUUACCACUCGGAGCUGGGCCCACUUGCUGUGUGUGGCAAGGACUGUGAGCGGCCUGCCAAAAGGCUCAAGAUGGGCAUUCCCGAGCCUCUCGUCGGUGAAGUGUCCGUGAGCGAGCUAGGUGUCGGCUUCGAGGGCCGGACACACCGCAUAACCAGUGCCAAGAUGGCCGUGUCCGUUACAGACUUUGGAAGCCUGUCAUCUAGUGAGCCGAACGGCUUUAUCAGCCCACAUUCGUUGCACUCGCAACCCGCGGCCUUGCAGUCCGAGUGAGGGCCACCUCCUGUUUGAUGGACCCGCCGUCAAAUGUGUACAUAUUCUCAU